AUGCGUUGUCUGCCGUCCCCCUUUCCUCCGUCGUGUUUCCGCGCUCGAAACUUUUGGGGCAGUGAUCGGCAUGUGCCAGGGAAAUUCCGUCUUGGGAUUCAACUGGCAUCAGCAAGAGCAGCUCCACCCGCCUCCGGAAAAGCAACGAGGAGGGCCCGACUGGCAGCGUCCGCUGUCCGGAGGCGGUGGUUCUAGCGGAAGCAGUCCGUGGGCAUCGCCGUCGGAGGUGCCGUCAGUAACCGCAUCGUCGACGCCGGUGGCGCUAGGCUUAUCAUCGGACAGGGGCACUGCUGGCUCUCGCCGCCAAGGAUACGGAGGCGGCGGCGUGAGCACGGAGAGUGGCUGCAGCGGCAGCAGCGACCACGACGCAGUGCUGCCGGCAAGAGCGCGCGGCAGCUGGAACAGCAGCUGGAACAGCAGCAGCAGCAGCAGCAGCAGCAGCAGCAGCAGAGGCGCUAAGUCUUCACCAGUGGGCGAAGGAGCAAGCCCGCACGACGACGAUGAAGCCGGGGCUGGUUCUGGAAGACGCAGCGCGAAAAGAAGGCUAGGUGCAGCCGCAUCAGCAACAGCCUCGGAUGAAGGGACGGAUCCGAUAAUUGCCGCCGCUGCCCGAAGAAGCCGCGGUGCCAAGACGGCAGAGAGCGGCGAGACUGGUGGUUCCAGUGGUGGCGGUGGCGGGGGGGGAGUUGCACGGGAGGUGGGCAACAGUAUCCGGGCCGGUAGCGGUGGCGGUGUUCUUCGUGCGGCGGCAGGUGGCGAGGAGCGUGACGGGGCGAGCGUUUCGCUCGGCGGGAGGCGCGAGGGGGGGAGGGCUGCCGACGGGGGUGCCGUGGUAUCAUCAUCCACCUGGGGACGAGUCGGCGUGAGGAAGGCUCGUCGGACAUACGGUCGAUGCUGACGAAGCGCUGCCAACAAACCCUACCGACCGUUUGCGCGGUGGUGGUGGUGGUGGUGGUGGCGGUGGUGGUGU